GAUGCUUUGUGGUGGUUGUGUUGCGUCGUCAGUGGUGCUGCGCCAUUUCAUUUGCGUUCUGUUCAUCGCAGCCCCGACGCAUAAGCAUAUAUUUGUGGUUGUAUUAGACCCAAGCCCCUGUUUCAAAGAUGUCUUACGCAUAUCUUUUCAAGUACAUCAUUAUAGGCGACACAGGUGUUGGGAAAUCCUGCCUUCUCCUGCAGUUCACAGACAAGAGAUUCCAGCCAGUUCAUGACCUGACAAUUGGUGUGGAGUUCGGCGCCCGCAUGAUCACAAUCGAUGGUAAACAAGUCAAACUGCAGAUCUGGGACACGGCCGGCCAGGAGGCGUUCCGCUCCAUCACGCGCUCCUACUACCGCGGCGCGGCUGGCGCCCUGCUCGUGUACGACAUCACGCGGCGCGAUACCUUCAACCACCUGACCACGUGGCUGGAGGACGCCCGGCAACACUCCAACUCCAAUAUGGUCAUUAUGCUCAUCGGCAACAAGAGUGACCUGGAGUCGCGGCGGGAUGUGAAGCGCGAGGAGGGCGAGGCGUUCGCCCGCGAGCACGGCCUCAUCUUCAUGGAGACGUCGGCCAAGACGGCGGCCAACGUCGAGGAGGCGUUCAUCAACACCGCCAAGGAGAUCUACGAGAAGAUCCAGGAGGGCGUGUUCGAUAUCAAUAACGAGGCGAACGGCAUCAAGCUGGGGCCGCAGCACUCGCCGGCGGCGGCCGGUGGCAUGGCGGCCGGCGGUCUGGGCGGUUCGCAGGGUGGCAGCUGCUGCUAG